AUGGUCUAUACAAUUGUCGUUCACCUGCGGGCCAAGCCCGACGAGGAGUCCAUCUCGAAGCUGCACGCGAAGCUGCUCGAGGCCUCGGCCGUGUACUCCAAGGAUAAGGAGACGCUGUCCUGGUUUGUGAUGCAGUCUGUCCACGACAAGCAGGACUUUACGAUCGUCGAGCGCUACCUGAACGCGGACUCGCAGAAGUACCACCUGGGGAACCCCUACUGGAAGACCUUUGAUCCCUAUGUCAUCCCUUUGUUGGAACGCGAGAUGGAUUUGCGGAGAUUUGAGGAGCUCUAG